CUUUCGUCUCUCCCACCAUGGACCUCCUUUUCUUCUUUUCUUCUCUUGCUCAUACUCUGAUUUUCAGACUUUACUUCAGCUCUCUCCAUCUCUCUAAAGCUCCAGAGAAAAGGACGAGAAGAAGAAAAAGCUGAAGCAAACCUCAAAUGGAUGCAGCAUCGCAGCUCGGUUACUGCGGAAUCGAACCCCUCAAGCGGACGGUAGCAUCAGCCAGACGAAGAGGAGGAGAUUAUCAUGCUAGUAGUGCUCGUAUCACCACCACCACCGUCCAACACUCUAAAAGAAGAAGUAGAAGAAGAAAUCUUGUUGUUUCUGUUGCUACAGAGCAACCACCUUCUUCUUCAGCACCACCACCGUCAAGGCGGAAACCUAUUAUUAAUGACAAUUCGAGGAUGGGAAAUGUAUCACAAGAGAUUAAAAGAGUGAGAGCUCAAAUGGAAGAAAAUGAGGAAGUUGCAAUUCUAAUGAGAGGUCUUAGGGGGCAAAAUUUGAACGAUUCACAAUUUGCUGCUGAUGAUGUCCAGCUUCGCCUCGUUGAGAUUGAAGAAAGAGGUGAUUCAUUGCCUCUGGUUUAUGAUCCUGAUAUCAUUAGUGCAUAUUGGGGAAAGCGACCACGUUCUGUUGCAACACGUAUUGUCCAAUUAACAUCUGUUGCUGGUGGGUUUCUUUCUCGACUUUUAUGGGAUGUCAUUACCAAGAAGGUCAAAGAGAACGAAGUUGCACGUGCCAUUGAAAUACGUGAGAUUGUGACCUCUCUUGGUCCAGCAUAUAUCAAACUAGGGCAAGCAUUGAGUAUUCGUCCAGACAUUUUGUCACCUGCAGCAAUGACUGAGCUGCAAAAGCUUUGCGAUAAGGUUCCUUCAUUUCCAGAUGAUAUGGCUAUGGCCCUUAUUGAAUCAGAGCUCGGUGAGCCUUGGCAGAAUAUCUAUUCAGAGCUUACUUCGUCUCCAAUCGCUGCUGCGUCCCUUGGUCAGGUCUAUAAGGGUCGACUGAAAGAAAAUGGGGAUCUAGUGGCUGUAAAAGUACAACGACCCUUUGUGCUUGAGACUGUAACCAUCGAUCUAUUCAUCAUCCGGAACUUGGGAUUGGCUCUUCGGAAGUUUCCUCAGGUCGCUCUUGAUGUUGUUGGACUAGUAGAUGAAUGGGCUGCUCGUUUUUUUGAGGAACUUGAUUACAUUAACGAGGGUGAAAAUGGCACACUUUUCGCUGAAAUGAUGCGAAAAGAUCUUCCUCAGGUUGUUGUUCCAAAAACGUACACCAAAUAUACUACUAGAAAGGUUCUCACAACAGGAUGGGUAGAGGGAGAAAAACUGUCACAAAGUACUGAAAGUGAUGUUGGGGAACUGGUCAAUGUUGGAGUCAUAUGCUACCUAAAACAGUUGCUUGAUACCGGCUUCUUUCAUGCUGAUCCACACCCUGGGAAUAUGAUCCGAACUCCAGACGGAAAGCUGGCUAUACUUGACUUUGGUCUCGUGACAAAAUUAACUGAUGAUCAAAAGUAUGGGAUGAUUGAAGCAAUUGCUCAUCUCAUUCAUAGGGACUAUGGAGCUAUAGUGAAGGACUUUGUUAAGCUUGGUUUCAUUGAUGAGGGGGUUAACUUAGAACCAAUCUUGCCAGUUCUGGCCAAAGUUUUUGAUCAAGCACUUGAAGGCGGAGGUGCCAAAAAUCUGAACUUUCAAGAAUUGGCUGCGGACUUGGCUCAAAUAACAUUUGAUUAUCCAUUUAAAAUACCCCCUUAUUUUGCCCUGAUAAUCAGAGCAAUAGGUGUGCUGGAAGGUAUAGCUUUAGUUGGAGAUCCUGAAUUCGCUAUUGUGGAUGAAGCUUAUCCAUAUAUUGCACAGAGACUUCUAACAGAUGAAUCCCCACGACUGAGGAGUGCCUUACGGUACACAAUAUAUGGAAAAACCGGAGUAUUUGAUGCUGAAAGAUUUAUUGAUGUCAUGCAAGCCUUUGAAAGUUUCAUAACUGCCGCUAAAAGUGGAGGCGGUGGGGAACUGAAUGGAAGUAUGGCUGAUCUUGGUUCUUUGCAAAAUCAAACAGAUUACGAAGUUCCUGGAUUUUCACAAAACAUAUCUCGCCCUGAACAACCAAUUGAAACAAGAGCAGCUUUAGGAUUUCUGCUAUCAGAGAAGGGGAACUUUUUCCGAGAGUUCCUUCUAGAUGAGAUAGUGAAGGGAAUUGAUGCAGUUUCAAGGGAGCAAACAGUACAAAUAAUGGCAGCUCUGGGAGUUGGAAAUUCAUUCUCAAUUAUAAAUAGCAUGGUUCCUUCCUUUGGUCCUCUCAGGCGGACAACGUUUUUACCUACUGUUACGGAGGAAGAUCGAAUUGUACUAAACAAUGUUCAGAAAGUAGUUGGAUUUUUAACUGCUGGGACUCCAAAUUCGAGGACAAAUAGCCAGGAUAUAAAUGCCGCUCAGGUCAUUCAAGAGCUUCUUCCUAUUCUGCCUGGCAUCUCCGCGCAGAUACUGCCUGAGGUGUUAAGUCGAUUAUCUUCCCGCAUGUUAGCACGCCUAGUUCGGGACGUUUUUUUGUAAACCAAUAGUUGAGUCCAAGUUCUUCAUCUGAUCCCUAAGAAAAUGAUUUGUGAAUGUGGUGAAAAAUUACUUAAAAAUGAUAAAACAUCUAUACCCAGCUUCCUUGUAUGUCUGUAUUGUUAUUUAUAUAUAAAAGGUAGGGUUUCAUGUACAGAAUACAGGCUACAGAAUAGUGACUGUUCAUAUUUGAAUACUUGACAAUAAAAGUGAAUGGAAAAAAAGAGUUAUAUUGGAUCAAA